AUGAGGCCAGGAAAAGAUAUAGUCGAAGAGGUGGAUAUUGAUGAGCACUGUGCGGUGGAAUUUUCGAAUUUGAACAAAAUAGAGAAAAAGGGACUAGGACACUACUCACUGACAAGCUGUAAAGUUGUUCUUUCAGUUUUAGGGAAACAGAUUACGGUUCGACAGAACCCAAAUAUGCUUUACUCUCAUAAAGGGGAAACAGGAAGUAUUGUGUGGAGGGCGUCAGUUGUUUGCUUGGAAUACCUUCUUUCUCAAGAAUGGUUCAUUGAUGAUUUAGAAAAUUACCAAGUAGUCGAGCUAGGAACUGGUAUUUCGGGAAUAGCAGCUAUUAUGUUGGGAGACAGGGUUGACAAAUACAUAGCUACAGACAUGGAGCACAUUUUGAAGUAUUUGGAUAAGAAUAUACAUGAAAACAUUAUAUCUAAGCCAGAUGUUAAAAGAAAACAACCUGGAAUUAAAAAAACAAAUAUGUCUAUUAUGGAGCUUAAUUGGGCCGAACACCCAAAAACGUAUUUAAAAAACCUCAGAGACUUAUUAAAUGGAUCGUCUAAAAACCUUUGCAUUUUAGCGUUUGACACAAUUUAUAAUCCUCAUGUUACAACACAUUUUGUUAACACAUUAAUUUCGAUUUUUAAACAUUUUUACCAAGAAUAUGAAGACCUUGUUGCAAUAAUAUGUCAAGAGCUCCGCUGUUAUGAUACCCUUUAUGACUUUCUUGAAAAAAUGCAAUCAUCCUUUUACAUACAAACCAUUCUUGAUCAACAAUUGCAAAAAGGAUAUCAAAUAUACAUUGCACGACUAAGACAAUAA